UCUCUGUGGCGAUUAAAAUGUGAGGGGAAAAACUACUACGUAUAUUGGUUGUUACUUUAUUUUGAUGGAAGGGAAAACCUUAAUAAAUUACAGAAUAAGCUUCAGCAACUUCUGUGUGUUUCUACUUUCUACUUUCUACUUUCUACUGCUACUUUCUCCUUUUCCCUGUAUAACUAUUUUAACUUGUAUGGUCAAUAAUGCCAGUCCUUUGAGUAAAAGACCCUCUUAUUUUAGGUUCUCUCUUAAAUUUAUGGGCAUAGUACCUCCCAUUAUAAGGGUAAUUCCUACAUCCCCAAAUCUCCUUGUGAGGAAACUGCCUUCAAUUUUUACACCAAUCCCAACCCAUAUUAUCAGAAUCAGACUGAUUCUGACAACUUCUGCUAAACUCCACAUUUCUUCCGUACUCUCUCCCCACCCCUUUUGUUAGCUUUCUUGGAGUUUGGAAUCUCAAUUCUCUUGCCAUUUCUAACUAAGCACAUCUCUCUCCCUCUAUUUCCAUCUUUCUCUCUCCUCCCCUAUCAUCCACCAUCAUGAAGACUCAUCCACACAAUCACCACCAUAAUCAGAACCAUCACCACCAACCUCAGAAGAGAAGCACUACUUCUAUAUUCUCCUGUGCUUUCUUCCGCCACUGUACUGAUUCCCCUCUUAGUCCUACUACCCCUCGCUCUUCGCCGCCGCACUUUCCUCCCCCUCUGGCACUCCAACCUUCACUUCCGCCACCUCAAGUAACAACCAGACUUCUUUCUUCUGCAUCUCAUAAUCCUGCACCAGCUCCAUCACCACUACUGUCUCACCACCCAAGUACUAAACCUUCUGACUCUGAAACAUCCUCCUCUUCUACUUCGCAGAGUUUUACGCAGUGGCGCUUUCCUCCUACCUUUCCUACUCCUCCAACGGACUCCUCUUCGACGGCGGUUCAGAAACAAGGGUUUCAAUUUCCUGAUCUAUUAGAGCUCUUCCACAUGGCGGAGCUCCAUUUCGCCUCCGGGUCGGACUCGGACCGUAUCGCCGCCCUCCAAAUGCUGGAGCAAUCCUUGGUUCCGAACCCGCCCUCGGAUGCUAUCCCUGAGAGCGGCGCUUCUGUGAUUGUUCCGGCGGUGGUGGUGGCCGAGGUGCUCCAGCAUAUGAGCCAAUCAGUCUCAGCAAAGUCAGCCACAAAGAUUCUCCUUGCGCUCUGCCUGGCGGAGGGUAACCGACGUGUGGCAGUCGAGUGUGGAGCCCCAUCUCGGGUGGUGGACGCAUUGCCAGACCUUGAAGGGGCGGUGGUAGAGCGGGCAUUGGCAGCGCUCGAGCUCAUGUGCACGGUCCCCGAGGGAGCGGCCGAGGUGCGUGCCCACGCACUCGCGGUGCCAAUGCUGGUGGCGACCAUGGGAAGGAUGGAGGGCCGAGGGAGGGAGUAUGCAAUUAGCGUUUUAACGGCAGUAUACGGUAGUGGUGAUGAGGAUCACCAGUUAUGGGAGGCGGCACCACCGGAAGAGGUGGCACGUGCGGUGGUGUUGGCCAUGCAGCAGGGGGAUUGUAGUGCUAGGGGGAAGAGGAAAGGUGCUCAGCUUCUUAAGGUUCUUCAAGAAAAUGGAAAGGUGGACUUAACUCAGUAAUUAAUUACUGUUAAUGAUGCAUGAUCAAUAUAAUAUUAUAUGAAUAUAUUAUUAGAUGGUUUGAUAAAUUAUGAAUUAAGCAAGCCCAGAUUCAUUCUGAUGAUUCCCUUUCCAGGAAGAAUCUUCAUCGAAUUUCGGAAGUAUUAUACUCGUCCAUGUUUUGAUUCCUGGUUAUAACAGUUUAAUGUUGAAUUUUCUGUUCAUGAUUAUCUUUGUACAGUUAACUACGAUCGAAAAUAUAUAGAUCAAAUAUGCUAGCUUUCUAGUGGGCUUUUGUUGUUCAAGAUUGUGUCGCAUUAUCAAUUAUCUAUCGAUAUUGAUAUAUCGAUGCUACACGACUACCAUACUCCGUGUAAAACAAGGUUUUUUUUUAAGCUCGUGUAUGACAUCGAAGUUUCUUCUUGA